GCACACACAACCGGCACAAAACAUUGUUGACGUUUCCUGAACGCUAUGACGCAGAUUGCCGGCAAAUUAAGUAUGUAUCCGCUGCGGAUGAUCCCGCACACUCUCGCUGCUAUGUAUCUCCACACACACACACACACUCAUUCAGUUUUGUUGCAACUCAAAGUAGCGUUGGAUGUUGAUGUAUUUAUUUGCGGCUGAGCAGUGCUCAUUCUGCCGGCAUGUCCUCCUUUCACGGACACCGCAUGUGUGCCCAUUAGUGUCCCGUUUUACAGUGUGUUAAAGGAGGACAAUCGCCAACACACCGACACACACGCGCGCGGUGUGUAUUUUUGUUUUAUAUUCCACAACCAGCGGAAUACAUAAUAUUUCAUAUAUGAGUGACGGACAGACAUUAGGCGUUGCGGAAGCAACCAUCUCGCUGUCAAGGAGGUCGUCAACGAAGGGCCGGCCACGGAAUUUGGCCAGCAUCGAGGGUGGUGGUGAUGUAUCGGCCGAUGUCUCAUUGGAUCUGCAGACGGCGCUAAAGAGAGUUGUCCUCGAUAAUCGCACCCCAACCAGCAGCACUACAACGACGGUUGUCACCUCCCCUCUAACGCCGCAGAUUAAAGUCCCGCUGACACCCACCGAUAAUGUCUGUGUGGAUUUUGUCUUCCAGACAUCACCGCGGGUUAGGCGCAGUAUUGACACGAGAAUGGUUAAUGUGGAAGUAAUGCAGGCCGAUGGAGAGCCGGCGGUGGUCAAGGUGGUGAAGAAGGUGGGCCGGAAGUAUACACGCCGGCUGACGUCCAGUCUGCUGCGGCCAGCGCUGGAGGAUCCGCGGAAGGGGAGGAAUUUCCAGUUGGAUAACUUCAAAUGGAUCAAGACGAUCGGCACCGGGACCUUCGGACGGGUAGUACUCUGCGAGGACACCGGCGCCCUGCCGGAACAGGAACCGAAAUACUUUGCCAUGAAAAUACUCCGCAUACAGGACGUGUUCCGGCUCAAACAGGUCGAGCACAUCAAAGAUGAGAAGGGCAUUCUGGAGAAAUUGGAUCAUCCCUUCAUCGUUAAACUAUUCUGGUCGCACCACGAUAACACUAAUUUAUACAUGUUACUGGAAUAUGCACCAGGCGGUGAACUCUUCACCUAUCUGCGUUCGGUGGGCCGGUUUCCCGCGCCGACCGCCAUGUUCUACGGGGCGGAAAUCCUCCUGGCACUGGAAUACCUGCACGCCAAGUCCAUUGUCUAUCGGGAUCUCAAGCCGGAAAAUCUGAUAUUCGAUCACAAAGGCCACAUUCGCAUCACCGAUUUCGGAUUCGCCAAGGAGCUAACCGACCGGACAUGGACGUUAUGUGGAACACCGGAAUAUUUGGCGCCGGAAAUCAUCCAGAGUCGUGGCUACAAUAAAGCCGUGGACUACUGGGCCUUUGGGAUUCUGGUUUACGAGAUGCUGGUUGGCCAUCCGCCCUUCUAUUCCGAUAACCCCAUUGAAGUUUACCAGAAAAUACUUGAUGGGAAGAUACGAUGGCCCAAAAACUUCGAUCUUGUUGCAAAGGAUCUGAUAAAAAAGCUUCUAGUGGCCGACCGCACGAAGCGAUUGGGCAGCAUGAAGAAUGGAGUCGACGACAUUAAAGCUCACAGAUGGUUCUGGACAAUAAACUGGCAAAGCUGUUUAGAUAAAGAAAUGGAGCCGCCAUAUAAUCCGCACGUUGCGCAUCCGGGUGACGCUGGGAAUUUUGAUGAUUAUCCGGAAGACUGGCGAGAUAAUCCCGGCCCGCCGGCACCAGAGGAGCAGCGAGCUGUAUUCCAGGAUUUUUGAUGCACCCCUUCACCCUUUGUUUCAGAUGUAUAACUGCAGCCCAUUUUUAAAUUUCUGUCGUGACCCAAUUUGCCGAAUUGUGAGAUUUAGCUGGUUUCGUAAAUAACUUUUUUUUAUUACUGUACAGACUGUGAUCCCGCUAAAAUACUGCGUUCUAUGCAAUUUGGUAGAGAAUACGAAGUUGAAUGCUGUGUCAGUUAUGCGCAAAUAAUGUGUUAUUAUAGUGCAAAUAAUUUAUUUAUGUAUCCUGAAGAUUCACUUGAAUUAAAAUGACAGU